AUGCUACUGGCAUUGGCUGCUAUUAAAGGAUGGACUCUACACAAACUAGAUGUGAACAAUGUUUUUCUUCAUGGUGACCUAGUUGAAGAAGUCUACAUGAAACUCCCUCCUGGAUUUACUCCUCAAAAACCUAGUCAGGUGUGCAGAUUAAUAAAAAGCCUCUAUGGUUUGAAACAAGCAAGUAGACAGUGGAAUAUGAAGCUGACUCAAGAGUUGUUACAUAUGGGUUUCAGGCAAGCUCUAUCUAAUUCCUCUCUAUUUCUUAAAGUUGAAGGAGAUAGUUUUGUAGCUCUACUUGUCUAUGUUGAUGAUGUUGUGAUAGCAAGUCCAGAUUCAAAUCAAGUUCAGCAGAUCAAAAGGCAUUUAGACAAUAUCUUUCAUAUUAAAGAUUUAUGCCCCUUGAAGUUCUUUCUUGGGUUAGAGAUUGCAAGGAAUAGCUCUGGAAUUUCCAUGACACAAAGAAAAUAUGCAUUAGAACUCUUAGAGGAAAUAGUAUUUACAGACUGCAAGCCAGCAAAAACACCUAUGGCUACCUCAGCUAGGUUCAGCAAAGACAUUGUUGAAAAACUUGAAGUUGUCUCUCAAUAUAGAGGGCUUGUGGGAAAGCUAUUGUAUCUAACAAUCACAAGGCCUAACAUUAGCUAUGCCACUCAACAAUUAUCUCAAUUUUUAGAUUGUCCUACCAACAUACAUAUGCAAGCCGCUCACAGAAUUAUAAGAUACAUUAAGGCAGCUCUAGGUCAGGGUCUCUUCUUCUCAGCAAAGUCUUCCUUACAGCUGAAGGGAUUCACUGAUUCAGACUGGGUUGCUUGUCCAGACACCAGGAGAGCACUCACUGGAUUUUGCAUAUUCCUUGGCACCUCACUGGUAUCUUGGAAAUCCAAAAAGCAGGUCACAAUCUCAAGGAGUUCCUCUGAAGCUGAAUACAGAGCUUUAACAUCUACAACAUGUGAAAUUCAAUGGCUUCUAUACCUUCUGCAAGACUUAGGGGUUAUUGAAAAUCCUUCAGCUUCAUUGUGUUUUGACAACAAAUCUGCCAUUGCCAUAGUUGAGAACCCUGUGUUCCAUGAAAGAACAAAACCUAUUGAGUUAGAUUGUCACCUAGUAAGGGAAAAGCUACAAAAAGGAGUCCUAAAACUUCUACAUGUCUCCACCUCUAAUCAGCUUGCAGAUGUCUUUACAAAACCCUUGCACGGAAUAGUUUCCAUGAUAUUAUUUCCAAGCUUGAGCUACAUAAUAUGUAUCUUCCAGCUUCCGGGGUGGGAAGGGGGGGUUGUGAACUCAUACAACAGGUCAAACAAGAAGUCAAGUCACGAAGAUUUAGUUGAAGAUUAG